ACUCUUGAGUCCUGCUUCUUCAUGAUUCCUGAUGCCUGAAGAGAAAUGUGGUAAUUCCUGAAACACACACACACAGAGAUAGCAACUGUAGAACUUGUAGAACUUUCUUGCACAGAGCUCUUGUAGAACUUUCUGGCGGUUUACUCUGUACGGGUGUGUAGCAACGCCAGCACAUCAGUUAUUCAUCCGAGGCCGUUUAGAUCAGUUUGAGGACAGCGGCGAGGUAGACAACAGCUGGUGGAUAGUCGGUUUAAGCGUAAUGAUUUUUUAGACGCUACACUUUAUUAACAGACUACGAAGUCCACCUCUGGCGGAUUGCAUAUACUUUACGAAGUAACGCAGUAACGAUGGUGGAACCCUCAUCCGCCACUGAUGAGAACUACUGCGAGACUGAAAAGGCCGAGCAUCAAACCACCACCUUCAACAAUAACGGCUUCCUCCUGUCCGUGUCGGAAAUUCACACUCCGCUAAGCAAACGCGAGACCAACAGCGACAUCCAUUUCCGACCCUCCGCCUUCGCGUCGUCGCUUCGGGACACGAGUCAAUCGAACCACAAAUUCCAUCCUGGCAGCGCCACGAAUCACAGAUUCCAUCCCGGAAGCGCUGCUCCUUACGGCAGCGCUGCUCCUUAUGGAAGCGCUUCUCACGGAGGCCACGGGAGCCAUGGAGGUUACGGAAGCUACGGAACGCCAUCGCACACCCGAGGAGGAGGGACGAGGAUUCGGCAGUCGCCGGCGGUGCAGAGGAAGGAUAUGCUAGCGAUGAUGGAAGCGAGGGACUUAGCGGAACGAACGGCCAAGGCGAUUUUCGAGGAGAAACAAGCCCUUGAGGCGGAGCAUGAGCGGUUAUCGGAGGAGUACGAGGAGAAGGAGGUGGAGCUGGAGGCGGCUAUGGCUGCCAGGGACGCGGAGGUCAGCCGACGGAAACAACUGGAGGCGGCCUUGGCAGUGGCGGAGGGGAAGGACGGCGGCGGAUGGAGGCAGAGGGAGCAGCGAUUGCAAGAGCAGGUGCACGAGCUCAAGCGAGAGGCGACUGGGCUAAAGCGAGAGCUGGAAGAGGCGAAAUGGCGCGAAGACGCCAUGACGGAGAAGUUACAGGGUUACCAGACGAUGCUUGAGGAGGGCGCUGCUCGGAGUCUCAGGUCGGAGGCGGCAGAGAGGGAGCUGGGCGAGGCGAAGGAGACGAUAGCUCGGCUGGAGACCCAGCAGCGGCGCCUGCCGCACCUGGAGAAGCAGCUGCAGCAUCUGAAGGCGGAGGUGGAGCAGUGGAGAGCCAAGGCCGAAGAUAUGCAGCGAGAGGCUACCGAACAGCGGACCAGAGUCAAGGUUUUGGAGGCCGAGAAGGCUGGGCUCGAACAGCUGGUGGCUGAUCUGACGUCCGGCCAAACCACUGAAGAUGGGUCGGCAGUGGUCAAUGCUCAGGGAGAAGGGGGACAAGUAGCAGACGGAGAGGGGGAGGAGAGAGAGGAAGAGGAGGAAGAGGAGGAGGAAGAGGAGGAGAAGCAGGAGGAGGAUGAAGUGAAGCAGAGCCUGCAAGCUUGGAAGGAAACCUAUGUGGAGUUUGAAGGCAUCAGAUCCGCUUAUGAUGAGCCUGCUUCUCAGGCACCUCAAAAGGUGCUUGAAGGAGCCAAAGCCCCCCUACCCACCUCCUCCUCCUCCACCUCCUCCUCCGACUCUCACCCCGCCUCCCCUGCUCCAGCCCCUUGCUCCGUGGGCCCACAGACUGGUUACCAGAUAGGAACGCCAGGGGGGCCUCGGGGGCGAAUGAGCUUGGCGCCAGGAAAGGAAAGUCUAGGAGGGCCAGGAAGUUUGGGCCCGGCGGAAGCCCUGCUGCAGGACAGGGAGCAGAGGGCGGCGCAGCUCAUGGCAGCAGAGGCAGCUCGGCUGGAGGGGGAGAAGGAGAAGGCGCUCCUCUCUGCUGACCUCUCGUCCACCAGGGCGGAGGUGGCUCGUUUGGAGAGGAGCAUGGCGGAAUCAGAGAAGCUCUCCAAGCAGUGGCUGUCCUCGCUACAAGCAGAACUCGCUGCAGUCAAAAUGGAGCUGGACCGGAAGGAGCAGAAGCUGGAGGAAGCUACACGCGAGUUGCACGCCAAGAUCAGGAGUUAUGAGAGGCUGGAACGAGCCUGGGAGAAGCAGCAGGAGGCGUGGGGCAGAGAGGCGCAGGAAGCAGCGGUUCAGCUCGUUUCAGUGGGGUUGGAUCUGGCUGGGGGGCGUUUUGAGCGUAGUGAGAGUGGGAGGGAGUGGGAGGAGGAGAAGGGGGAGAGGGAGGAGGCAUGGGCGGGCAGGGAGAAGGAGUGGGAGGAGGAGAAGCUGACGUGGAUUAGAGAGCAGCUGACUUGGGCGGCGAAGGAGCGGGAGUGGGAGGAGGAGAGGAAGGAGCAUAAGGAGCAGAGGGAGCAUUUGGUAUGGCUUGAAACGAGCCUGUCUCACGCAGAGCAGGAGAAGCUGGGGCUGCUGCAGUCGAAGGAGGAGGUGGAGCAGGAGAAGGAGAGAAUAGAGCACGAGAGGGAGGAAUUGGAGCAGGAGAAGGGGAGACUGGAAGGGUUAGUGGGGGCCCUACAGGGAGAGGCCCUGAGGAUCACGCAGGAACUUCAGCUGCAGCAGCAGGAGCAGGAGGAGGAGAGGAGGAGACGGGAGGGUGUGGUAGUCUCCCUGCAGGAAGAGGCUCUGAGGCUGACGCAUGAGCUGCAGCUGGUGCAGCAGGAGCAGGAGGAGGAACGGAAGCAAGCAGAGAGGGAGCAGCAGGCAGCGCAGCAGGCAACGCAAGCUCUCCAGCAAGAGUGGGAGCGGAAGGAGGAGCAGUGGACAGCUUGCGAGACGCGAAUGGCUGCUAGGAUUGAGUCCUUGGACGAGGAGCUCGCUGGGCUGAAGGCAGCACGCACAGCAGAGGAGCAGGCAGCGCAGCAGGUAGCGCAGGCUGUCCUGCAAGAGUGGGAGCGGAAGGAGGAGCAGUGGGUGGUUUGUGAGGCGCAAAUGUCUGCACGGAUUGGGUCCCUGGAUAACGAGCUUGCUGGGCUGAAGGAAGCACGCACGGCAGAGCAGCUGGCAUGGGAGGAGAGGGAGAGCAGCUGGAGUACUGAAUCUGAAGAGCGGGGACAGAAGGUCGCGCAGAUGGCUGCACGGAUUGGUACCCUGGAUGCGGAGAUAGCUGGGUUGAAGGCAGCACGCGCAGCUGAGCAACAGGGAUGGGCGGAGCGGGAGAGAACCCAGAUAGAGGAGUGGGGGCAGAAGGAGGAGCAGUGGGUGACUGAGAGGAGCGAGCUGGUUGCCAAGGGCGAGGAGGCGUCUGCUCUGGCUUUGGCUCUGACUGCAGAGCUGGCUGCUGUGAAGCAGGCAUAUGCGGGGGACCAGCAGCAGUGGGCCGGGAAGGAACAGCAGUGGGCGGAUGAGAAGAGGGAGCUGGUUGCCAAGGGAGAGGAGGUGUGUGCUCAGGCGACGGCUCUGACUGCAGAACUGGCUGUUGUAAGGCGGGCUUAUGCGGGGGAGCAGCAGCAGUGGGCCGCCAAGGGGCAGGAGUGGGAGGUGCUGGCGCAGCAGCAGGUGGUGCGGCUGGGAGAGAUGGAGACAGAGCUUGAGUGUGCCAGGGCAGAGAAGGCCGCUGUUGAGGAGGAAUUGGAAGGCGUGAGGCAGGAAGCGGAGAAGCUGACGAGGGCCGUUGAUUCCAUGGAGCAUGAGAAGCAGGAGCUGCUCACAGCCGUUGAUUUACUGAAGGAGGAGAUGGCGGCCGAGCAGGAGGGAUGGAGCGUGAAGGAAGGUGAAUGGAGGGAGGAGAAAAAGUUGCUGGGCGAGCAGAUAGGGGAGCUUCAAGAGGGCAUUGCAACCCUCCAGCAGGAGAGAACGGAGUGGGAAGGCAGGGAGAAGGAAAUCAAGCAUGCCAUAGAAUGCUUGCAGGAGGAGGAGCAGGCUUGGACGUGCAGGGAGUCGAUUCUGGGCGUGGCGCUUGCAGCACUGGAGCAGGAGCAUUGUGUGGCGAAGGGGGAUCUAGCAGAGAAGGAGCGAGAGCUUUGCGUGAUGAAGGGGGAUCUGGCAGAGAAGGAGCAGGCGAUUGAACACUGGCAGGAGAAGGAGCAGGCUUGGACGUGCGAGGAAACUAUUCUGGAGGAGGCCCUUGCCGCACUGGAGCAGGAGCUUUAUGCGGUGAAGGGGGAUCUAGCAGCAAAGGAGCAGCAGUGGGUGGGGAAGAGGGGAGGGAUGGAUGCACAGAUGGCAGCUCUGCAGAAGGAGCUGGCAGCAGCUAAGGCUGACGUGGACGCUGCUAACGAUGAGCUGGCAGCAGUGAGGAAUGAGCUGGCGGCAGUGAGGAAUGAACUGGCGGAGAGGGGUCAGGAGCUUGCGGUAAAGGAGAGGGCAUGGGCUGAGAAGGAGACGGCUUGGGAAGAGCAGAGGAAGGAUGUUGAGGAGAGAGUGAGAGAGCUAGAGGGAAGCAUUGCCUGUUUGGAAGGAGAGAGAGCAGACAUGCAGCGCGAGUGGGGGUCCAAGGAGGUGGAGUGGACGGAGAGGGAGCAGCAUGUGCUGCUGGUGCAGCAGCAGCAGGAAGAGGCAGCAGCAGCUGCCUUGUCAGCCGAAAAAGCAGCAAGGGAAGAGGCGGAGUCGCAGGGGCAAGCGUGGCUGGCGCGGGCCGAAGCAGCAGAGCAGAGAGAGAAGGAUUUAAAGGAGGAGAUGGAGGGUGCGGUGAAGGAAGGGGCGGCCAGGCACCAGAGGGUAGUCAGGGACUUGACUGAGGCGCGUGGGAAGCUGGAUACAGUCACCGAGCGGUUGAAUGCGGUGCUGGGGGAGAGGGAUGGGUUGAAGAGAGAGCUGGAGGGAAUGAGGAGGGAGUUCGGCAGAGAGAGGGACAGGUGGGUGAAGGAAAAGGAGGGUUUGGAGGAAAGGGUGAGGGGUCUGGAGGAGGAGGGAUGGGAGAUGAGGGGGUGGGUGGAGAGGCUGCAGGGGCAGAAGGCGGGGUUGGAAGAGACGGUUGGGAAGCUAAGGGAUGCGAAUGUGGGCUUGCAGCAGGCGAAUGGGCAGCUAGAGGCGAGUGUGGGGCAGCUUGGGUCGGAUAACGCGCAGCUGAGAGCAGCUGUGGUUCAACUGGAGGGGCAGAAGGCGGGGUUAGAAGAGACGGUGGGGAAGCUGAGGGAUUUCAAUUUGGAGCUUCAGCAGGCGAAUGUGGAGCUUGAGCAGGCGAAUGGGCAGCUGAUGGGGGGCAAUGUUCAGCUAGAGGCGAGUGUGGGGCAGCUGAGGUCUGCUAACGCGCAGCUGAGAGCAGCUGUGGCGCAGUUGGAAGGGGAGAAGGGGGGGUUAGAGGCGGAGAGGGAGGAGUGGCGGGCGGAACGGGAGAGGCUGGAGCGGGAGAAGGAGGAGGUGCGCUGUGCGAAUGUGGAGGUUGAGGCUGAGUGUGCUGAGCUGAGAGGGGAGAGGGGAGAGCUGAGGGCCGAACUAGCACAGGCUAUGUCAGAGAAGGAAGGUGUUGAAGCAGCGAAGGAGCAGCUGCAGGAGGAUCUGAUAAAGGCUCGGCUAAAGAAGGAGGAGGUUGAGGCGGAGAGAGAGCAGCUGAAGGGCGAAAUGGCACGGGUUUUUUCAGAGAAGGAAGAGGUUGAAGCGGAGAGAGAGCAGCUGAAGGGCGAACUGGUACAGGUCUUUUCAGAGAAGGAAGAGGUUGAAGCGGAGAGGGAGCAGCUGAAGUCGGAGCUGGAACAGGCUCAGACAGCGAAAGGACAACUCGAAGGGGAGAGGGAGCAGCUGCAGGGUGCACUGGCACAGGCUCUGAUUGAGAAGGAGGAGGUUGAAGCAGAGAGAGAGCAGCUGAAGGGCGAACUGGUACAGGUCUUUUCAGAGAAGGAAGAGGUUGAAGCGGAGAGGGAGCAGCUGAAGUUGGAGCUGGAACAGGCUCAGACAGCGAAAGGACAACUCGAAGGGGAGAGGGAGCAGCUGCAGGGUGCACUGGCACAGGCUCUGAUUGAGAAGGAGGAGGUUGAAGCAGAGAGAGAGCAGCUGAAGGGCGAACUGGUACAGGUCUUUUCAGAGAAGGAAGAGGUUGAAGCGGAGAGGGAGCAGCUGAAGUCGGAUCUGGGACAGGCUCAGUCAGCGAAGGGACAACUCGAAGGGGAGAGGGAGCAGCUGCAGGGUGCACUGGCACAGGCUCUGUCAGAGAAGGAAGAGGUUGACGCAGAAAGGGAGCAGCUGCAGGGUGAUCUAAUGGAGGCUCGGCUAGGGAAGCACGAGGUCGAAGGGGAGAGGGAGCAGCUGAAGGGCGCACUGGCACAGGCUAUGUCAGAUAAGGGACAGAUUGAAGCUGCAAGGGAGCAGCUGCAGGCAGCACUGGGACAAGCGGAUACAGAGAAGGAACAGCUCGUGGCGGAGAGGGAGCAACUGAAGGCAGGAAUGGGCGAGAUGGAGAGAGAAAUCAGCCAGCUGAGGUCGGAAGGAGAAGUUCUAGCCGCAGCCAAGGGAGUGCUGGAGGCGGAGAGAGAGGUGUUGCUCGUUGGUAAGGCUGAGCUGGAGACUGAUAUAGAGGAACUGGAGUCUGCAGGCGUGGCUUUGGCUGCAGCUAAGGGGGCGUUGGAGGAGGAGAGAGAGGAGUUGCUAGUUGGCAAGGCUGAGCUGGAGAAUGAAAUUGGUCAGCUUAAGUCUGUAAAUGAGGCUCUCGGUGCGGCUAAGGAGGGGCUGGAGGCAGAGAAGGAGGGUCUGCUGGUUGAAAGGGCGGCGAUGGAGAAGGAGAGGGGUGGUUUGCUGGAGGAGAGGGAGGUGCUGCAGAAGGAGAAGGCAGACUUGGAGGAAAGAAUGGAGAGGGCGGAAGGGGAAAUAGAGGCUGGGGAGCAGGAGAGGGGGAGGUUGCUGGCUGAAAAGGCUGAGCUAGAGAGGGAGAGGGGCAGACUGCUGGAGGAGAAGGAGGUGCUGCAGCAUGAGAAGGCUGAGUUGGAGGAUAAGAUUGAGAAGGCGGAAGGGGAAAUAGUGGCUGGGGAGCAGGAGAGGUCGAGGUUGGAGGAGAGGGUGGGUGCUCUGGCAGGGAAUAGGGAGGAGCUGACGGUGAACCUAGGGGAGGUUGAAGCUGAGAGGGCUCGCCUGGUGGAGCAGUUGGGAUACCUGAACAGAGAGAGGGAGGCACUGCUGGGUGAAAGGGAGGAGCUGAAGGUGCAGCAAGGGGAGCUGGAGGCUGAGAGGGCGGCUCUUGUGGAGCAGAAUGGGUCGUUGCAGGCAGAGAAGGGCGUGCUGCUGGGUGAAAGGGACGCGCUAGUGCACGAGAAGGCAGCCGUGGAAGCUGUGAGGGAUGGGCUGAAGGUGCAGCAAGGGGAGCUGGAAGCUGAGAGGGCGGCUCUUGUGGAGCAGAUGGUGGGGCUUGAGGGGGAGAACGCCCUGCUGCACGAGAGGGUGUCGGCUCUACAAGGGGAGAAGCAGACCGUUUUGGAGCGGUGGGAGGAGCUGGAGGAACGGUUGAGAGGAGUAGAGGGGGAGAAGGCACUGCUAGAAACUGCAUUGGCUGAGCGUGAGGGCGAUGUGAGGCGGCUAGAGGAUUCAGUGAAGGAGCUGGAGCGGGCGAAGAAGGCGGGGGAGGAGGAGGCCAGUGCAAUGAAGGUGGAGCGGUCGGAGUUAGUGACCACCCUGCUGCAGCUGAAGGAAGCCUUGAGGGAGCGCGAGGGAGAUGUGAAGGGGUUGGAAACUGCACUGGCGGAGCGCGUGGGUACUGUGAGGCAGGUAGAGGAAGCUUUGAGGGAGCGCGAGGCCGCUGUGAAGGGCCUGGAAACUGCAUUGGCAGAGCGUGAGGGCGCUGUGAAGCAGCUAGAGCACGCAUUGGCCGAGCGUGAGGGCACUGUACAGUGGCUGGAAGGGGCAGUGGAGGAGCUAGAGCAGGCGAAGAAGGCAGGGGAGGAGGAGGUGAGUGCAAUGAAGGUGGAGCGGUCGGAAGUGGAGGCCUCACUCCUGCAGCUGCAGGUGCGGAAGGUUGAGCUGGAGGCAGGGCUACAGCAGACGAAGGAAAGGGAGGUGGGGUUACAGGCAGGACUGCAGCAGCUGAAAGCAGAGAAGGAGGAGCUGGAAGGAGUGAUGCAGGAGAUGCGGCGGGAGGGGGAGAGGAAGGAGGAGGAGUGGGUGGCGGUGCAGAGGCAGAUGGAGGAUGGGGUGAGGGGGAAGGAAGCUGUGUGGAAGGAGCUGGAAGGGAGGCUGAGGGGGGAAGUAGAGGAGAGGGAGGGGCGGGUGGGGAGGUUGCAAGGGGAGGUGCAGGGGCUACUGGCACAGAUUAGUGAGGAGAAAGAGUAUGCUAUGGGACUGAAGGAACAAGUGAAUGAGCUGGUGGUGGUGAGGAGCCAGUUAGAGGAGCAGAGUGAGGAGGAUGUGAGAGAGAAGGAGAGGUUGGGGGAGAGAGUGAGGGAGUUGGAAGGGAGGGUGGCGGAGGUAGAGGAGGGGAGGGAGAAGGUACUAAAGGAGUGUGAGGAUGAGCUACAGAGGAGGGGAGAGGAAGUGAGAAAUAUGAGUGAGGAGAUGAGGAGGAUGGGGGAGGAGGUGAGGGAGAGGGAGAGGGAAAUGAGGAGGCGGGAGGAGGAGGUGGUGGCGGCGGUAGAGGCGGAGAAGAGAAGGGUGCGGCAGGAGUAUGUAGAAAGGGAGGUGCGGAGGGAGGAGAGGAUGGAGCGAGAGAUUGCCAGGAUCCAAGCUGCUGUGCAGGAGGAGAAUCAGACGCUGAGGCACAAGGUGGAAGGCCUGGAGCAGAGGCAGGAGGAGAUGGAGCAGAGGAUUCAGGGGGAGAGGGAGCAGCUGCAGGAGAGCCAGAAGCAACUUCAGGCUCUGGAGACCCAGCUUCUCGCUAAGGAGCAGCGGAUGCAGGUGGCUGAGCAACAGCUUCGGGCCGAACGCGAGAGGAUGGCUCGGGAGCAGCGGCUGAUUUCGCAGGCCUUGUUUGACGCGAACUUGGAGCUGAUGCACCGGUCAAGAAGCUCUUCCUGAGUGCAACUGUGAUACAAGGAACACAUAACCUAAUAGCUUGUUAAACUUUGAUCACUGAGGUUGUUACACUCUAAUUUCCUUGCACCAAGUGGUUGUGUAUGCAUCUUGGGGGCUGCUAUUUGCUAUUCUUUGGCCCUGCUAGUCGUUUUAGUGGCACUAACGAACCAUAAUUCUAUCAUGUUGUGUAGUGUUUGAGCUAGAGGGGUUGGUCUGUGUCAAGAGACCCACUGGCUGGGGUCGUCCUACAUAGAAGAUCAUCGGAAGGGCCACAGGCUGCUAUGCGUGGGGGACUAUGGGGUGCUGACCCGCUAUUGCCCCUUUAGCU